AGAACUCUUUCCUUUACUCACCUCCAUACAAAAGGUCAGCCGCCAAAUCUUGAACAUUUGUUCACCAAGAAAUAACCUAUACUCGAAAAGAUUUACACACAACGUUUGUUUCUUUUAUCUUGUUCUUAGGCUCAAAGAGAUCGAAACUUUUUCAAGAAUCACUUGAUUUAUUGAACUAUGGGACCCUGUUCUAGGAUACUCUUUCAUGGCAGGAAAAUGGGUUCUUCUAGUUUGCUCUCUUGUUCAAAAUCUGAUCAUAUUUUUAGUAAAAUUUCAUCAAAUUUGAGUCAAAAUCGAAAAUUUCAUAAAUACCCAUCUGGGGUUUCGGGGUCUAAUUGUUUUAGUCAAUUCAAGAACUCAAAUUUUGCCCCAAGUUGUGUUCAAGAAUCUAGGGUCUUGGUUGCUUUGAUUUCUAGAGGUUUAGGGGGUUUUAGGUGUAAUUCAACAAGUGUCGAAACCCGCGUAAAUGAGAACAACUUUGAGAGGAUUUAUGUGCAAGGGGGAUUAAAUGUGAAGCCAUUAGUGGAUAUAAUUGAUAAAGAUGAGAAUGUGAUUGGUAGAGAUGAGGAGUCUAGGGUGGUUUGUGAGGUGGAGGAGAAGAUUGAUGAUGGAGUUCCGGUGAAUUUCGAGGAGGGUGAGGUGGUAGUGAGCAGUGGUAGAGUGGAGUCAGAGGCUGAGAAGGAGGCUUGGAAGUUGUUGAGGGAAGCCGUGGUUUCGUAUUGUGGGAGUCCUGUGGGAACUUUGGCUGCGAGUGAUCCUGGUGAGAAGCUGCCAUUGAAUUAUGAUCAGGUGUUCAUACGGGAUUUUGUUCCGUCUGCACUUGCUUUUUUGCUCAAGGGAGAAAAGGAGAUUGUCAGGAACUUUCUCCUUCAUACCUUGCAGUUGCAGAGUUGGGAGAAGACGGUGGACUGCUACAGCCCUGGGCAGGGGUUGAUGCCAGCAAGUUUUAAAGUUAGAACCGUGCCUCUUGAUGAAAACAAGUAUGAAGAAGUUUUAGACCCAGAUUUUGGGGAGUCAGCUAUUGGCCGUGUUGCUCCUGUUGACUCUGGAUUGUGGUGGAUAAUUUUGCUGAGAGCUUAUGGGAAGAUCACCGGUGACUAUGCAUUACAAGAAAGGGUGGAUGUCCAGACAGGAAUAAAGCUGAUUUUAAAUCUUUGUUUGUCUGAUGGGUUUGAUAUGUUUCCAUCUUUACUAGUGACUGAUGGGUCCUGCAUGAUAGAUCGAAGAAUGGGUAUUCAUGGUCACCCUCUAGAAAUUCAGUCCUUAUUUUACUCAGCUUUAAGGUGCUCUCGGGAAAUGCUUACUUUAGAUGAUGGAUCCAAGAACUUGGUGAGAGCCAUUAACAACAGACUUAGUGCUUUGUCGUUUCAUAUAAGAGAAUAUUACUGGGUAGAUAUGAAGAAAAUCAAUGAGAUUUACCGGUAUAAGACGGAGGAAUAUUCUACAACUGCUACCAACAAAUUCAACAUCUACCCUGAGCAAAUUCCUAAUUGGCUAAUGGACUGGAUUCCUGAGGAAGGUGGUUAUCUAAUCGGCAAUCUACAGCCAGCUCACAUGGAUUUUAGAUUCUUUACUCUUGGAAAUUUGUGGUCCAUUGUUUCAUCUCUGGGAACUCCAAAACAGAAUAAUUCGAUUUUAAACAUGAUUGACGCCAAAUGGGAUGAUCUUGUUGGUCAUAUGCCUUUGAAGAUAUGUUAUCCUGCACUGGAAUUUGAAGAAUGGCGCAUCAUCACUGGCAGUGAUCCCAAAAAUACACCUUGGUCAUAUCAUAAUGGUGGAUCGUGGCCCACACUUAUAUGGCAGUUUACUCUAGCAUGCAUUAAGAUGGGAAGAACAGAUUUAGCAUGGAAAGCCGUUGACUUAGCAGAGAAAAAGCUUCCUGCAGACCACUGGCCUGAAUAUUAUGACACAAGAAAUGGAAAGUUUAUUGGAAAACAAUCUCGGCUCUAUCAAACUUGGACCAUUGCCGGAUUUUUAACUUCCAAAAUGCUCUUGGAGAAUCCGGAAAGAGCUUCACUCCUUUUCUGGGAUGAAGAUUAUGAUCUUCUUGAUAUAUGUGUUUGUGGACUCAGUAAUUCUGGCCGGAAGAAGUGCUCCCGGUUUGCUGCCAGGUCUCAAAUCCUUGUGUAGUGAGAAUUAAUUACCAAAGUGAACACAUCUUACUGCUGUACAGCUAAUAGUAAAAUAUCACUACAAAAUAAAGAUAGAAUUUAACACAGUUAUUUGUGAUAACAUACUAGCAUAAUACAAGAUUGUUAUCAGAUCAAGAAUUAGUUGAUCUGAGUAGUUAUUUGAAAUACAUAAAUCAUAUUUCAGGGCUGCUGAAAUAGUUUGUAUCCCUUGUGAUGUAAUAAUAUGAGUGUAUAUUAUAUAGCAAUCGCUUAUACUUC